GCCAGGACCGGAAGCUCCUCUGCUGCCUGGCGCGUGCGAGGGUCGGUGUCCGGACCCCCCGGGCUCUCUGCCUGCAGAUCUCCUCAUAUUUUGGAUUCUGGCUAUAUUAUCAUGAAUGACACGUUGACCUUAGAUGUCAUUGGUCGACGAGUUGAAGUUAAUGGAGAACAUGCAACAGUGCGUUUUUCUGGUGUCGUCCCUCCUGUGGCAGGACUCUGGCUAGGAGUGGAAUGGGACAAUCCCGCGAGAGGAAAGCAUGAUGGAAGCCAUGAAGGGAUUGUGUAUUUUAAAUGCAGGCACCCAACAGGAGGAUCCUUUGUUCGUCCAAACAAAGUAAAUUUUGGAGUGGACUUUCUCACUGCAGUGAAUAAUCGCUACGUGUUAGAAGAUGGACCAGAGGAAGAUGGAAAAGAGCAACUUGUUACAAUUGGAAAUAAACCUGUGGAAACUAUUGGUUUUGACUCUGUCAUAAAACAGCAAAGUCAGCUGAGCAAGCUGCAGGAAAUUUCUCUGAGGAACUGCGUGGUGAGUUGUGCCGGCGACAAAGGAGCAAUUGCCAAAGCGUGUCCUAAUAUCAGAAGGGUAGAUUUGUCAAGAAACCUGCUGUCCUCAUGGGAUGAAGUCCUAAGUAUUGCUGAUCAGCUCAAACACCUGGAAGUUCUCAAUCUCAGUGAGAAUAAACUACGCUUUCCCUCGGGUUCACCAUCUCUAGCUGGAACAUUUCCUGCACUGAAGGUUUUGGUUCUUAACCGAACAGGAAUAACAUGGGCUGAGGUGCUGCGGUGCGCCCCCGGGUGGCCGGUCCUGGAGGAGCUGUACCUCAAGUCUAACGAUAUCUCCAUUUCGGAAAGGCCGGCGGAUGUUCUACAGACAGUCAAGUUAUUAGACCUUUCCUCUAAUCCAUUAAUUGAUGAAAAUCAGCUGUUUCUCAUAGCCUAUCUCCCCAGAUUAGAACAACUAAUCCUUUCUGACGUCGGAAUUUCUUCUAUACAUUUUCCGGAUGCAGGAACUGGGCGCAAAACAUCAAUGUUUCCUUCCUUGCAGUACCUUGUAGUAAAUGACAAUCAGAUCUCACAAUGGUCAUUUAUCAAUGAGCUGGAUAAGUUACAGAGUCUGCGUGCUCUGUCCUGUGUAAGAAACCCCCUGACGGAAGGAGGCAGCGGACCACAGACCACACGCCAGUUCAUCAUCGCCAAAAUCGGUCAGCUGAAGACCCUGAACAAAUGUGAGAUUCUACCAGAGGAAAGGCGUGGGGCUGAGCUUGAUUACCGAAAAGCAUUUGGAAAUGAAUGGAAAAAGGCUGGCGGACAUCAGGAUCCAGACAAAAACAGGCCAAAUGAAGAAUUUCUUGCAGCCCAUCCCAGAUACCAGUCGCUCUGCCUGAAAUAUGGUGCACCUGAAGACGGGGAACUCAAAACACGACAGCCGUUUUUGCUCAAAAACCAGCUACUAACACUGAAGAUAAAAUAUCCUAAUCAGGUUGAUCAGAAAGUCACAGAAAAACAACUGCCAGAUUCCAUGACCAUUCAGAAGGUGAAGGGACUGCUGUCACGUCUUCUCAAAGUGCCUGUGUCAGAACUUCUGCUGUCCUACGAAAGUCCCAAAAUGCCUGGCAGAGAGAUUGAGCUAGAAAAUGACCAGCAGUCAUUACAGUUCUAUUCUGUGGAAAACGGAGACUACCUGUUAGUGCGAUGGUAACAGCCAACUAAUCAAGUUCAGAGACUCCACUGUUUUAUCAUGACUGGGGUUCACUGGAAAGGAAUGAUUCUCUGGAACAAUUCUGUCAGAAGAAGAGGUUUUACAACUUGCCCUAAGUAGAGAAAAAGUGGUAUUUUUCAUUGGGAAGAGACCAUUUUUAGGCAUAUAUAUAACAGUAGGUGCAAAGCCUUGGUUACUGCUAAUGACUUUCUGAUUUUAUUUCAUAUUUAUGGUUCAUGGCUACUUUAAAUAUUAAAUAGAACCUAGCUAGUCUAAUGAAAUCUGAACACAGUUAAGGUCCAGCAUAAGACCAGUUUUAAUGGAAUUCCACUGUUGCUACUAGUUUAAAAGGUUACCAAAAGGACUUGGAAGGUCAUUUUGGAAAAUGUCCCUUGAACUCAGGGAGGCACCUCUUCUGUGUGUAACGCAUAUGCUAUGAUCUCUCUUCUCUGCUGCACUAUUUUUAGAGUACUUGCAAAAACGAAUCCCAUGCUUUUUCCUGCAGCUGCACCUACACUGGGCAUAUAUUCUUCUACAGAUGACGACCAGCUCUGAUGGGAAUUCACGCGUAGUAGGGAACCAUCGGGCAAUGACAGGAGGAAAGCAAAACUCAUUUGAAGUGUCAACUGUUUAAGCAGUAGCCUUCCCUAUGUCACUAAAACCCUGAGAGGUAUUUGACUUAUAUCCACAUUUUAGGUUUUUUUCAAUAGUACCAGACUGCGACCUUCAGGAUUUGUGUUAAAUGGCAAAAGAAAACUUGAAUUAGCCCACUUAAUAAGUGAACUUUAAAACCAAAGUCCUGAACCGAGUCGACUGGUUCCUUUUCAAGUUCAAGUUGCCCACUUCAGACAUUUCCAGAAACCCCAAGCUUUGGUAUCAGUGACCACACAGCAUUCUGUGAGUUCUUUUUGGCCCUUAAUUAUCCUCAUUAUGCUUUAUGGAACUAUUCUGUAAUCCAGGUUGAAAUUCACAUUCUCUGUCAUUACUCAAGAUUUCUGAACUAGGCCAAAUUUUAACCAAAAGUGAUAGUAAUGAAUUAUAAACUAGAAAUGAUACAUCAGCUUUUAGAAACUUUUUUGUUUUAUAAAACAAUUUGGUAUUUCUCAAAUGUUCUUCCAAUACAGAAAUAAAUUUUUUCUUAUGCUACA